AUGCCCUGCUUCGGUUCCCGCAAAAGGUCAAACCACCCCGAUACGGAGCCCCUUCUCGCCCAAUAUGAUGAGAACACUGCACUCCAAAGAAAAGCCCAUGGAAAGCUCCACACAUACCAGAUGAUACGUGCUCUUUCGAAGGGCUAUUUCCCUUCAACAGAGCAGACCAUAGUCCAGCUUCGAACGCUUCUUUCCGUGGACAUCUUGAACCCUACCAAUACCCAGUUGACAGCUGAUGGCCGGAAGUUUGUGCGUCACGUCAGGAAAUUUAUCACGGAGUUCAUUGAGUUACUACAGGAGAAAAAUGGACAAGAUCAGUUGCAAGAGUUUUUGUGGUGUGCUGGGAAAGCUAGAGUUGGAUUAGAUGCCCAGGACUUGGUGCAAACAGCUACAAAUUCGAAGGCCAGGGCGGAUGCAAGAGCUGCAUACGACUCACUUCAAACCGUCUUCGAUCUCUUACUGGCAAACGGCGACUUUCGAAAGCUAUUCUCAGAUAUAACUACGCUCAUCCGUCAGGUUCUUGCCGACACCGCUACAGCAUCCGCAACCGCCGCGCGAACAGUCGCCGAAACGAUAUCACCCGACAAAGGCGAACUCGAGGCAAUUACGUCAAAGGACACUGUUUUCGCGUCCGAUAUCCCUAGAGAGGAUGUUGUGGAAGUGCCAGCGCGGGAGGUUGCGGACGCAGUGGUGAUGGGAGUAGCUGAGACUGUUGGAGAAACAAUUGACAGCGCAAGGAGAGAGUUUGGCCAGGACGACAGAAGGGAUGCCUUAUUUGGCCGAAUGCGAAUGGCUGUCCUCCGGCUGAGGAGAAACACAGAUUACACAGAAUCAGUUUCAAUUUUAUCCCUUCUUCUCAAGCGUUACGCGUACACAUACUCCCGAGCUCUAGACAACACAGCCGCCGCUUUGGGAGAAGACCUACAACCGAAUCCAGAGCUGGACAGAGCCCUCAAAUGUUUUACAAGUAUUUUCAAGUCGUUCGGAGAAAAACGAGAGUGGGAUGAGCUGUCGAGACGGUGGGAUAGAGUGAUGAGCCAUAUCCAUCGCGAUGCAGAAUUUGAAAGUGUUAUGGACGAUCUUGGCAGCUCGGUUCAAGCUUUUCUAACAGAUCCAGAUUUCGUCUCAUCUGCAGACGAUAAACUAUCCGCAAUCCGCGAGAAAAUACGCGGUGUUGGCACUGAAGGGACUGUCAGGGGGGAUGUGGAUGCGUUGCUUGAACAAGUACAUGCUGUGUACCUUUCAAUCAUUAACGAUGCCUCUGUGGCUAGAAUACUCUCCACAUCCCGCGCAAUCCUCCAUACACUAUUUCCAGUUUCCUCUGAUCACAUCAUGAAUCCCAAUCUUACAUCGGAUAUGUUCUACGUGCUUCUCCCGCUUGCUCUCAAGUUGGUUCAGUUUGUGCCGAUUCCGCGCCUCACAAUUUCUGCACCUGAGAUUGACCUGUUGGUCGAGAAUCUAAUCAUCGAGCCGGGCGACACGAUAAAUGAUUCAUCAUUUUUCCCCUUCCGCCUUAGAAUCGAGGCCCAAAAUAAUGUCGAGAUUCGCAAGGGCCUUCACCGUAACACUGCAAGUCUAGACUCCUUUGCGACGAUCAAGAUAGAAGGGAUCACAAUGCGCGCAGAUGAGGUAGGAUACUGGUUCCGCCUUCACAAAGGACUCUUGAGGUUCAGUGAGUCUGGCUUGGCUGGUAUCCAAAUGGACAAUAGAGGCAUGGACAUCCAUCUCGAUGUUGAAUUUGGAAGGGACCGCGUCGACCAGAUUGUGAGUCUGCGUGGUGUGCGUGUCAAAAUCCAUAAGUUAUCGUACACGCUGCAAAAAUCAUACUUUUCGUUUGCAGCGUGGCUAUUCAAGCCUGUCAUACGCCGAGUGUUGCGGAGAACACUUGAACAGGAGAUAGCAGCAAGCAUUGAAAGCGCAUUGAAGUUUACAAACCGAGAAUUGUUAUUCGCCCGAGAGCGCUUACGGGCAACCAGAAUUUCCGAACCAGAUGACUGGAGGAAGUUUAUCCGUGCUGUGGUUACAAGAUUGACACCUGCGGAGAAUCCAGACGUGGAUGUUCGCAUGGGCGUAUUGCCGCAGAGACGAGAAGGUGUUUUCGAAGGCAGGAGGACGCCGGGUAGUUUGGUGGGACUCUGGGAAGAAGAGGGGGAGAGAGCAGGUGAAAUUGUAGACGAUGAGGCUACAGGUGGUUGGAGAAAUGAGGUUUUUGACGUUCACACCGUUAUGAUGACUUGA